AGUUGGAGUGCUAGCGUUUUUUAAGCGUGCGCCUGGUGAAUUGAAGUUUUUUUUUUAUAUGCUAUGUGAUGUUUAAGCAAUUCUUGGCGUACGAAGCCUGCUAAAUCCCACGGAGGUUUUCGUAGUUCGCGCAUUGAAGUUUCUCGUUUUCGGCUUGAUGUAUGUGUUCAGACGUGUGUGAAGAGUGAAUAGUGAGUAUAGUGUUGCACCACCGUAGAGAAGAAGUGAGUGCAAAGGAGGAAUAGAAAGAUCGUUCCUACCUGUUCUUUCCCAUUGAUCCCUCCUGGGUUUGGUACACUGUCAAGACCUGCCGCAGCGGCCUGCGGGUUUCAACCGUUCCAAGGUGUGCGUACGCUGUCUGUAUGCUUCGGCAUCUGCUGCUGCUGCUGCUUCUGCUUCUUCACCGUACCCGUGUUGUUGUUCGAUUUCCGUCGACAGUACACAUGUAAUUAUUUAUCUUCCCGAGCUUAUAUGGUGUAGAAUCUUUAAGUGAAUGGAAAACGGAGUGCUUUAGAGAUUGUGUGCAUUAUUCAGAUUGAUCGUUGGGUACUUUCGGGGGCCAAGAGGGUCAUCGAAUGACAUCAUGCCCAACGGGAUGGCCUGUGGAGGCCGCGAAGGAUCGGCGAGAUUAAAGUGCGAUCGUUUAAUCAAACUUUGAGAUAGAAAAAAGCAAGAGGAUUAAGUGAAACGAAGCUACCGCAGCUCUAGAGCGGUCGGAGUUGCAGUCAAGAUUCAACAAGUGACCCCCCCCUGCAGUGUGAUACAAGUGCCUCGCGAGCGGUAAACGAAGAGUGGUUAAGUACAGAAAAUAAAACGUGAAAACCGAGAACCCGCGCGCUGUGAAACGAAGCACUGAUUUGAAUGAAGUGUAAAGCGAAAACCUGAUUUUCAUUCAUAAACCGAGGAGAAUUGCGAGAUACCUACUCCGACACCAACCACUCGGCUCAGUGGGACCCCCUUCCGCCCCUUUCCGCACGAAAGUCCAAACAAACCACCCCAUCCGAGGAAGACCUGAAACAACACUCGUACCAAUUUCUAUUAUACAAUGUAUUUAGAGCUCACGGCUUAUUAGUAAUUCAAUUGUGGAAUUGUUGUUUUUUCGUUGAAGCUGAAUAAAAAAACACACAGACCAAAACCGGCGUUACUCUUCGUGGAUGACCCCAAGAAAAACAAAAGAAGAUUCGCAUGAAGAAAGAAGAAUUAUUCGAGUUUGAAGCAGAUUAAUUAAAUCGUGACCAAAACACGAAUUACGAGCGCAGUGAGGACCCUUCGGAAACAGCAAUCAAAAAAAAAAAAUCGACCAAAAGAAGAAACCAACCACGACCAACCUGGUCUUGGAACCGUGAAAUGGAAAACCGAAACAGUGUGUUCGUGUUCUUGAAAAUUUGAUUGUUUUUAAUUGUAUCCCAUUAGAGCUGGGGUAGUUACACUGAAGGAAAAUUAAAUAAUAAAAAAAAACAACGAAUACGUCGACGCGACGGAUGUUGGGUUUGAUAAUUUAAUCGAGAAUUACGCAAGGCGCCCCCAGUGACAACAGUCCCAGAUCGAGUAACAACCGAAGAAAAGUGUGCAGUGUUUGUGUGUUGAUUUAGGUGUGAUUUGCGAAACAGAAACAUGGGAGACACCAUGAUGGAGCAGUGGAAGUGGAAGCUGUUCCUGGUGCUGUUGGUUCAACAGAUUGGCACCGGUAGCUGCUAUCUCAAGGAUUACAUCCACAAGCAGGAGGAUAACGAAAUGAGAGUUUGCAUCGGAACGAAUGGACGCAUGUCGGUGCCGUCGAACCGCGAGUACCACUACAAGAACCUGCGAGAUCGGUAUACCAACUGUACCUACGUGGACGGAAACCUGGAGAUCACCUGGAUCCAGAACACUUCGUACGAUUUGAGCUUCCUGCAACACAUUCGGGAAGUGACCGGUUACGUGCUGAUCAGUCACGUGGACAUUCCGCAGGUCAUCCUGCCCCGGUUACAGAUCAUUCGAGGCCGUACGACGUUCAAGCUGAACAAAUGGGAAGACGAGUUCGGUCUGUUCGUGUCCUUCUCGCAAAUGAACACCCUGGAGAUGCCAGCCCUAAGGGACAUUCUCAGCGGAUCGUCCGGAAUCUUCAACAACUACAACCUGUGCCACGUUAAAACCAUCAACUGGGACGAAGUCCUCUCCGAUGUAAAAGCCCACUACCGGUAUACGUACAAUUUCACCUCACCCGAACGGGACUGCCCCCCGUGUCACUCGACUUGCGAAGCCGGCUGUUGGGGCGAGGGCGCCCACAACUGUCAAAAGUUUAGCAAACUGAACUGCUCUCCUCAGUGCUCGCAAGGGCGCUGCUUCGGUUCGAAGCCCCGCGAGUGUUGCCAUCUGUUCUGCGCCGGUGGCUGCACUGGUCCUACCCAGAAAGACUGCCUAGCCUGUAAGAACUUUUACGACGAUGGGGUGUGCAAACAGGAGUGCCCACCUAUGCAACGAUACAAUCCAACAAACUACCUCUGGGAGCCGAAUCCUGAAGGCAAGUACGCCUACGGAGCUACCUGUGUGCGAAACUGCCCGGAACAUCUACUGAAAGACAACGGAGCUUGCGUGCGGACGUGUCCAUUGAACAAGAUGGCUAAAAAUGGGGAAUGCGUUCCUUGCAACGGAGCCUGUCCCAAGACGUGCCAGGGUGAAGGCAUCGUACAUUCCGGAAAUAUUGACAAGUACAAGGACUGCACCAUCAUCGAGGGUUCGCUGGAAAUUCUCGAUCAGACGUUCGACGGGUACCAGCAGGUGUUCUCCAACUUUUCUUUCGGACCACGGUACAUCAAGAUCCAUCCGGAUCGGUUGGAGGUGUUUUCGACGCUGAAGGAAAUCAGCGGGUUCAUCAACAUUCAGGGCUACCAUCUAGACUUUAAGAAUAUGUCGUACUUCCGGAAUCUGGAGGUCGUCGGUGGACGUCAGCUCAAGGAGAAUCUGUUUGCUUCCGUGUAUAUUGUGAAGACAUCUCUUCAAUCUCUGGAGCUGAAAUCGCUGAAACGGGUCAACUCGGGUGCAAUCGUCAUCCUGGAGAACGAUCAUCUGUGCUACGCGGAAGAGAUCGAUUGGUCCAAAAUCAAGAAGUCUGCCGACCACGAGAGCGUGAUUAUGUCCAACCGGAACAUUACGACUUGCCAUGCCGAAGGAAUGUUCUGCGACGAGCAGUGUACGAAAGCUGGUUGCUGGGGCAAGGGACCGGAACAGUGUCUGGAGUGUAAGAACUUUGUCUACCAGGGCAAGUGUCUCGAUAGCUGCAAGAGUCUACCAAAGAUCUACCAAGUCAAUAGCAAGACGUGCGGAGACUGCCACCCGGAGUGUCUGGACUCGUGCUACGGACCGAACUCCGACAACUGUGGAUCAUGCGUCAACGUCAAGGACGGAAAAUUCUGCGUGUCGGAGUGUCCCCUCACCAAGUACAAUCUGAACGGAACUUGCGUAGCCUGCCACAGGACCUGUAUCGGCUGCAAUGGACCACGGGAUACGAUCGCCUCGGAUGGAUGUGUCUCCUGUGAUCGGGCAAUCAUGCGUAGCGACGGAACCGUGGAACGCUGUCUGAUGAAGGACGAACCCUGUCCAGACGGAUACUACAGCGAGCGAGUCGAACAGGACGAAGGACCCUUCAAGCAGCUGUCCGGAAAGUCGGUCUGCCGCAAGUGUCACCCUCGCUGCAAGAAGUGCACCCAGUAUGGAUUCCACGAGCAAGUCUGCCAGGAAUGCGCCAGCUACAAACGGGGAGAACAGUGUGAGGACGAGUGCCCGAUCGAUCAUUUCGUAAACGAGGAAACCCGCGAAUGCCUCCCAUGCCAUGCGGAAUGUCGCGGUUGCCGUGGAUUCGGUGAAGAUCAAUGCCUCGAAUGUCGCAACCUGAAGCUAUACGAAGGAGACCCAUACGACAACUCCACGGCCUUCAACUGCACUUCGUCCUGCCCUUCUUCUCACCCGUUCAAGCACUUCCCACUGGAAACCAGCAGAAUUGGGCCGUACUGCUCGCCGGACCAGGUCCAAAGUGGAUUCCGACUGGAAGCUUCCACGACGCCGAUUCUGCUCCUGGCCAUACUGGUUCCGGUUGUUCUGAUUAUCCUAGCGCUUGCAAUGGCUUACCUGUAUUGCACGCAGAAGAAUAAGAAGGAUGCGGUGAAAAUGACUAUGGCGUUGGCCGGUUGUGAGGAUUCUGAACCACUGAGGCCGACCAACGUUGGACCGAAUCUAACGAAGCUUAGGAUCAUCAAGGAAGCGGAGCUACGGCGAGGAGGUGUCAUGGGUAUGGGAGCUUUCGGACGGGUAUUCAAAGGUGUUUGGAUGCCGGAAGGCGAAAGCGUCAAGAUCCCAGUCGCAAUUAAGGUUUUGAUUGAGAUGUCCGGAUCGGAAUCGAGCAAGGAAUUCCUGGAAGAAGCGUACAUCAUGGCUUCGGUGGAGCAUCCGAAUCUGUUGAAACUGCUGGCAGUUUGCAUGCCCUCACAGAUGAUGUUGAUCACGCAGUUGAUGCCCUUGGGUUGUCUGUUGGAUUACGUGCGAAACAACAAGGACAAGAUCGGAUCUAAGGCUCUGCUGAACUGGUCAACGCAGAUUGCACGCGGAAUGGCUUACCUGGAGGAGCGUCGCUUGGUUCAUCGUGAUUUGGCUGCUCGUAACGUGCUGGUGCAGACGCCAUCGAGUGUGAAGAUUACCGACUUUGGGCUGGCAAAACUGUUGGAUUAUGAUUCGGAUGAAUAUCGUGCAGCUGGUGGAAAAAUGCCCAUCAAAUGGUUAGCGCUGGAGUGUAUUCGGCAUCGCGUGUUUACGAGCAAGAGUGAUGUGUGGGCGUUUGGAGUUACCAUCUGGGAGCUGAUGACGUACGGAGCUCGACCUUACGAGGAAGUUCCUGCGAAGGAUGUUCCCGAACUGAUCGAAAUGGGUGGAAAGCUUCCUCAGCCGGAUCAUAUUUCGCUGGAUGUGUACAUGAUCAUGAUUUCCUGCUGGCAUUUGAACGCAGAUGCUCGUCCUACGUUCACAACUUUGGAGAAGACGUUUGCUGAAAUGGCCCGGGAUCCGGGCCGGUAUCUCAGCAUUCCAGGAGAUAAAUUCAUGAGACUGCCUUCGUACACCAACCAGGACGAGAAGGAUUUGAUCCGCACUCUUGCACCGGUGUCCGAAGCCGGAGUACACGGAACGAUUGUCGAGGCUGACGAAUACCUCCAACCGAAGACUCGGCCAGCCCUCAUGCUUCCGGCGUCUUCGAUGGAGAAAUCUGACGAUAUGUCCAAGUCACUGCGCUACAGUAAAGAUCAACUCAAGCCGGACGAAGAAACGGACCGGAAUGCCCGCGAGGUGGGCGUCAGCGGUAUGCGACUUAAUUUGCCAUUGGAUGAAGAUGACUAUCUGAUGCCCACUUGUCAAAGUCAAGCACCGUCGGUUCCCGGCUACAUGGAUUUGAUCGGUGUACCGGCCAGCGUUGACAAUCCAGAGUACCUGAUGGGAUCGGCCGGUAGCAACAUAAGUACGAGCCUUCCGACUCCACCACCGGUGACGCCAUGCGGCAGCGGUAUUAGCACUACCACACCCAAUAGUCCUGUAAAUAGUAUACCUCCUUCCAUAAGCACCGUUAACUCUAGCACCAAUCCUUGCAACGGCUCCAUUACCACUAAUAUCAACAACAACAACAAUAACCACAACAACAUAAACAACAACGCCGCUGCCGCCGCCGUUGCCAACAAUGCCAUCAAGAAAGAAGAAGCCAUUCCGAUGCCGCACACGACGCUCAACGAACCCCAGGCAGCACCGCCAACGCAAACCCUGGGCAUUCCCCUUUCGCCCACGGAAACGGAAACCACUUCCGAGCAUGAGUACUACAACGAUCUGCAGCGAGAACUGAUACCGCUGCAUCGGAACGAAACUACGGUGUAAUAGGGUUCGAUUGCAAGCAAACAAGCAAACCCACAACUGUACAGAACUGAGCUUCCAUUCUGAUUAAUCAUCAUCAUAGGAGAAAUAUUAGGAGAUUUUAUGAACUGGAAACAUCGAAUGAAGCGACUUUACAUAGCAAUCGAAUUAGCAUACAAAAAAGUUCAAAGUUUGUAUCGUAAGUGCCUUCAAUACAUAGCAUAGGAAACUAGGUGUUAGUGGAUGAAGAAAAAUGGGAGAUCAAAUCUAGCGUGCCUUUAUCAGAGAAGUGGUCCUCGGUCCACUUCCUAAGCCCUGUACAUAAUCAAAUUGUAACGAAUAUUUAAAAACCGAUAUAGCUAGUGAUGGAUAGCUUAGAGUGUACUUAAGCAUCUAAGUAGGAGGGUAUUUGAUCAAUUUUAACAAGUGAAGAGUUUGAGCCAAGUACAAUGAAAAUGAGCUUCUUUGGGAAUGAUGUUGACAGCGGAACGCCACUCUCCCCCACCCGGCAGUGGUGGCUGUCAAGCAGUUUGAGUGAGCAAUGUUUAGAUCAAUCAUUGAGAGACGCUAAAUUGGCUAAAAUUUAAAAUUUUAUGUAUUUCAUUUUUUAAAAUCUGUGAUACUAUUCAUAAUCGAAUGUCAAAUUUUAUACAACUAGGUUUUACUGCAAAGACUACGAAUUGAAAAUACAACUAGGCAACAAGCAAUAGCAGAUAUGUGUUUGUAGUGGUAGUAGUCGACAGUGAAUACAAUUUUGAUUUCAUGCGGAAAAGUUUUAUAAACCAUAUCCAUAUAUCAACCGACACAAUCACCGAUCAAUACAAUGAAUGUUUUUAUGAUAGCGCAACCGGUACUUCUCAAAGCACUUACACCCACUUAAAACGCAUUAUACUUAACGGAUCACACAACAAUAAAUCUACUCUAAAAAAAAACAUCCGGAAUUUCUCCUCUACAUAUUUGUUUUUAGGCCGCGUACUAUGCAUAUGAGUUUUAAAACUAGUUUAACGAUUUUCGUUUGUAAAUAGCCUUUGGCACCUGUGUUCAGUGUUGUCGAAUUUGUAAAUAUUUGGCCGAAAAUGUAACGCCCUACUUAAUAUCUUUUGCGGCAUCCCGUGUGACGAUGUUUCAAAAAGAUGAGUGGAAACCGCAAAAGUUAGCGAAUAGAUGUAACGUGUAAUGGUGUAAGUAAUCGAAAAGAAUAACUGAAAAUUAGGAAAAUGUGCCAUGUUUUGUGCAUGAAAAUAAAUUUAACAAAAAAUGAGAAAGUCACUUCUCGCCACGGAAGAAAAACAUUAAAAUAAUAAUAAAAAAAAACAAAAACAAAAACAAUACUGUAAAAUACGAAGGAAAGUGGAAAAUAAAAGGAAAGGCUAUACGAACGUAAAAUAAGCAGCAAUGGCACAACAAGUAAAAGUUUAGCGUAGAAAUGUAUUGAAGGAAAAAUUGUUAAUGUUUUUAAGUUAUAUAUGUAUUUUGAAAAUUUCAAAUAAAAUGGAAAUUAUACACAA